UUGUAAUAAUGAAAACUGAACGUUUGAAUUAACGAAUAACAAAGCAAUUGUACUCGUAGUCGUAUACCGUGAGUCGUUAUUUGAAUAUUGUUUCUAGUUUUAUUUUAUGUGUUAGUCUAAAAUAGUAAGGAUUUUCAAAAUGCCAAGGGACUACGUAACAAACUUUCGUGGAGAUGUUUGUUUUACACCAAACGGUAAUAUUCGCGUCAAAGAGGAACCAGUCUCGCCUGACGAUAAUGAUUUCGGUGACCAUAACAAAUUGGAUUAUUUGGAAAACGGAUUUGCUUCUAUGAGAAAGUCUCUUUCUAUGAAUGAUAUCGCUAUACUUAAACAGGAAUUUUCUAAUUUAGACUUUGACAAUGAUGAGGAUCGUGCUUGUGAAAGAUAUCAUAAACAAACUGGAGGAAACCAUGAAUUGUCGAAAACAAAGUUUGUUUCAAUGGCUGAGGCCAUAUAUCACUAUGAGAGAGAUACACCAGGACGUUUUCGUACUUCUAAACCUAAAUUAUUUCAACCUCAAAAUGUAAUAAGCAGAUCUAGGUUGACUAUUGCGCAAUCUCCUAUGUUACGGUGUAAAACUCGAGCACGUCCUCGUCAUAUCAUGUCACAGAAAGAAAAAGAAGAAAUGGAGUUGGAAGAAAUAAGAAAGUUUAAAAUUAAGGCUAAUCCUAUUCCUAAAUCUGUGAUUAUUGGUCCAGUUCACUUACCAGAUGUGCCAAGAAAGCCUAUGACAAUUCCAGAACCAUUUAAACUUACUGAAUUUCAUAAGAAAAGUGUUCAAUCACCUGAACAAGCACAUCACUUUAAAGCUCGUCCUGCACCAAAACAUAUACUUGAGAAGCCACAGAUUCCAAUUAAGCCUGUUACAAAUAUUACUAAACCUGUCAGUCCUAAAUUUCAUUAUAAACGAGCAAACUCUACUGAUUGCUUAAAACAUGAAAUCAAACCAUGUGACAUGCCAUCUAAGGCUAAAAACCAAGAAAGAACUGAAAAAAAUAUGAUUCGACAUGGUCCUGUCAAACCAGAACCAUUUUCAUUUGAGAAAAGGGAUGAAGAAUCAAAGAGACGCCGAGAGGAAAGAAUUAAGAAACAGUUAGAGGAAGAGAGGAAAAUGGCUUCUCAAUUUAAGGCUCAACCUUUACCAGCCGCUGUAAAAAAAAGGAUGCAUGCUACAACAGGCAUUGGUUCUACUGCCUCUUCAGAAAAUAAAGAAAACCAUGUCAAGUUUGAAGCUAAACCUCCUGUAGUUCUCUACAAAGAACCAUUUAAGCCUGUACUCCAGGCUAAUCCUUUAUCAAAGCCAGUGCCCUUUGAACUUACUACUGAGAAAAGAGCAGCCGAAAGAGAAAGAUUUGAAAAACAAAUCAAAGAGAAAGAAAAGGAAAUGGAAAGAAAUAAACAGCUCAAAGAACAGGAACAGAGAGAGGCAGAGGAAAAGGCAAUAGCACAAUUGAGAUCUACAUUGGUACAUCACCCUAAGCCAAUCCCAUCGUUAAAUCCAUUUAUUCCAGAAAAAUCAAUAGGACCUCUCACCGUACCAGAAACACCUAAAUUUGUUAGAAGACUGAAACAAAAAUAAAUGUACUAUCAUUAUUCAUAAUACAAAUUAUGUGUUAUUCUUAUCGCUUUUGAAUGGACUGUUUUUGGAAAUUGUGAUUGACAUUUUAUAUAUAUUUAGCCUUAACAUUUAUAAUUGUAGCAUCAUGUUUAAUGCAUAUUAUUGUAAUUA